AUGGAGGCGCUAUGCUCAAUUAUGGGUAUUGAGCAGAAAUUCACAAAAGGCUAUUGCCCAAGGGAAAAUGGUAUCACGGAGAGAGCCAAUGGGACAAUUGUGAAAAUGCUCAGAAAGAAGACUGUUGUACCUGCUGAAUGGGAUAGGAUUCUACCCACGAUAGUGUAUGCGUACAAUGCAGCGCCACACCAAGCAACUGGGGAAAGUCCUCAUUUUUUGCUUUAUGGCCACGAUCCUACGUACCCAUCAUCCAUUAUACCGUCUGCGGAUUUGUCGCCCUACAUGGUAGAUUACGACCGUUAUAAAACGGAAUUCCUUAGUGGUUUACAGGUAGCUCGUGAAUAUAUCACGGAACAUACCAAUGAGUACCGCGAUAGAAUGAAAAGAGCCUAUGAUAAAGAGUGGAACACUCAAAAAUCUGCGGAAUUUAACGUUGGAGAUCGCGUUUACGUGCAAAUUCCUGCAGAAAAAGGUAAAUCGCGACAUCCUAAACUUGUGAUUCCCUGGGAAGGACCAUUUCGCGUGGUUAGCGCAUCACAAAAUUCUGCUUUGGUGACAUUAAUUGGUGAAAAUAAGCCACCCAAAGAGAUCCAAUUUGACCACCUAGUCAAAGUCCCAUCACAGAUUAGUGAUACUCCAGUCAAGGGUUUGACUACUCGCUGCGGAAGACGUGGCAGGCCUACGAAAGUAGCUCCAGAAAUCAAUAAAAUUGCUCCCAAAACAUGUUGCAGUAUUCAUCAUUCUAUUUUCAGCACCACGUUCUCGUCAACAACUGAUGUACGUCAUGUCGAUUGGCACUGUCCCGGGAAGCUGAUGUGUCAAGGAUUGGAAGUAGAAUGUUCUGCCGAAGCGACUCUACUUGAUAUCAUUCCGAAUGCCCCUUUCGGAUCUUUGAAAUUUUCGUCCCCGUAUGAUUUAGCUCGUAUGUUAUCUGUUCUCACUCAGUCCCACAUUCCUGAAGCAUGGCGGACAGCUAGACUCUUGGAUCGUUCAUACGACCUAAUCACCCCAUCCGGACUCGGAAUGGCAUUAGCAUUUUAUCAACAGCACUGUAUUCACUCGACACUUAUAUCGGUAGCUGAAGCAGGGAACGUUCUUCUUGAACAUCCACCUCGCAGUAAUUCGGAUCCGAACAAUAUGGCUGUCGUUGCGGACAUCGCGAGAAGAUAUGCCUCGACUCACCCCUGGACUGACUCGUCUUGGAAGGACCUAAAGCCGAGGAAAAACCUUAUCAUACUUCCAAUCGGAUUCGAACAUGUGACGGAUUGUCUUAAGUCGCAACACCAAACAGCGGUGGUCAUGAGGAAACCCGAAGAUGUCGAGCCGGAGUGGUUCGCUGAAGAAUACUCUUCUAUUAUACUCUUUAGUCCAGCGGAAUUCGCAGGAACUGCAAGAUGGCGUGGGGCCUGGACUCUUUUGAUGCAGUUAGUCGCUAAGGGCACGGAACUCAUCGCGCUGGCCGGACCAAAAAACGACAAGCAAUGGAAAAAGUCCUGUGGAUAUGCUUCGAGAUUUAUUCGAAGAAACGCUGAAACAGCGACCAUCCCUAAAAGAUCGCCUUCGAUGCCUCCUGCCCUUUCGUUCAGAUGA